AUGGUUACAAAACUACAUCCAUCACUAGCCCCAGCCAACAUCCCCCUAUUAUCACAGAUUAUACAGGUUUUGGGAAACAGACACAGCAUAGUUCACGCUGACUGGAUUCUUUACUUACAUCUCGGUCAAGCUUUCAUCUUCAGCACAAUACCUCCCAGGAAGAACACAGAAAAAGAAAAACAAAUUCCAAGUACAUGGUCAAAAUUUUCAUUGAUUUUGCUCAAAGCAUUGUGUCAAGAUUACAAAACAAGUUAUGCAGAAUAUGAGACAGAAGAAGAAUCCUGGCCAGAGAUUCCUCCACUAGUACCUUAAGGAACCGACUGUGCCAAGGAAUGCUACUGUCCCUACUCUAAUCCCUUCGCGAUGUACUGUGACAAUCAUGACCUUAAAAUAAUCCCUCAUGUCCCAAGCCACAUCUGCCACUUAUACAUUCAGUUAAACAAAAUCGAAGUCGUUACGGCAAAACUUUUCACAAAUGCUACAUCUCUGAGAGAAGUCAACUUCAGCCACAAUAACCUGAGAAAAGUAGGGAAAGGAGCCUUCAGUAAGCUUCAACAUCUCACACAGCUUCACCUGAGCACAACAAUCUAGACAACAAUCUAACAAGUAUCUAACAAAACUAACAAUCCACCUUCUUUGCCUAAAACUCUUCAAAUACUUCACCUGGGUUUCAACAACAUCUCGAUACCAUCCAACACUAUACAAGACCUAAUAAAUAUUACAGUGCUUGAUCUGGGUAGCAACAGACUUACGGACGAAGGUAUUAAGGAAAAAGUCCUGUCUGGCUUUAAAAGCCUCAAGCUAAUCAACAUGACUAUGCCCCAUGAUCUCCCAGUAUCGCUGGUACAGCUACUGCUAGAGAAAUACUCCAUCAGAAAUGUACCUGAGGGAUACAUGUCUCUUCGGGUGUCCCAUAACAGAAUUAGAACAAUUCCGUAUAAAGCCUUUAACCUGUCGUAUCUCAUGGAACUUGACCUGGGUUAUAACCAACUAUGCCAAACAUUUUUUGUUCCCAACAAUGUGGAGUAUCUAUACCUCAACCACAGUGGUUAG